CCUAUAGAGACACUAAAAGAGAAUUAUCCCAAAAUAUGCACUGGGCUCGGAGUGAUGCGGCGGCCGUACAACAUCAAGCUGAAACCUGGGGCUGAAGCUUUCUCGUUAAAAACACCAAGGAGGAUUCCAUUGCCGUUACCGGACAAAGUCAAGCAAGAGCUAUCCCUCAUGGAACGACUCGGGGUGAUAUGCAGAAUCGAGGAGCCAACAGACUGGUGCGCUGGCAUCGUGGUGGUGCCAAGAAAUCAGGUGCUGUACGUAUCUGUGUUGAUCUCACCAAACUCAACGAGUCAGUGUGCAGAGAAAAGUAUAUCCUGCCGUCAGUGGAGGAAACACUGGGCAUGCUGGCCGGAGCCAGGAUUUUUAGUAAGCUGGAUGCAAAAAUGGGGUUUUGGCAAAUACCCCUAACACCCCAUUCGGAGAAGCUGACAACUUUUAUCACACCCCUUGGGCGCUAUUACUUCAAGCGGCUACCUUUCGGGAUAGCCUCCGCCCCUGAACACUUUCAGAACCGAAUGGCAACAGAGGUUACAGAAGGGCUGGAAGGUGUUGUUUGCCACAUGGACGAUGUGCUGAUAUGGGGCCGAACACAGGAGGAGCAUGAUGCCCGCCUGCAUGCUACUUUGGAGAGGAUCCAGGAGGCAGGCAUCACGCUCAAUGUCAAAAAGUGUGAGCUGUCAAAGUCACAGGUGACAUUUCUAGGCCAUGUGAUCUCAGACAGAGGCAUCAGGCCGGACCCAGGCAAGACUGAGGCAGUAAGGAUGAUGCCGGAGCCAACGAAUACAACAGAGUUGAGAAGUUUUCUCGGAAUGCUGACCCAACUCGGGAGAUUUGUGCCACAGCUGGCAGAGAGGGAUAAGCCUCUCCGUGAUCUCCUGUCCAAAAAGAACUGCUGGGUGUGGAGCGUCGACCAAGCCCGAGCCUUCCAAGAUUUAAAAGAUGCGCCGACGUCCACACCGGUGCUUGCCAUGUUCGAUCCCAACAGGGAGAGCAAAGUGUCUGCAGACGCGUCGUCAUACGGGUUGGGAGGCGUUCUUCUCCAGAAGUGGGAGGAAGAAUGGAGGCCAAUUGCCUACAAGUCGCGGUCGCUCACACCUACGGAGCAGAGAUAUGCACAAGUGGAGAAGGAGGCUCUGAUGCAGCUGUGCACAGAAGGCUGGCCCGAACACGGUCCAAAUGAACCAGCACUCAGACUGUACAGAGCAGAUCAUGCGUUCCUUACAGUCCACGACGGAAUCUUACUGAAGGGACAGAGACUCGUCAUACCCCCAACCAUGAGAAAUGAUGUCCUCGCCAAACUGCAUGAAGGUCACCAAGGCGUGGUAAAGUGUAGACAGCGAGCACGGCAGUCAGUAUGGUGGCCCGGGUUGAGCCAACAGCUGAACGAGUUGGUUCUCAACUGCCGAACAUGCUGCAAGGAGAGACGGAACCGGAGGGAGCCAAUGAUUCCAUCACCUUACCCAGGCCGACCAUGGGAGAAGUUGGGUGCAGAUCUGUUCGUGCUCGGAGGCAAGACCUACUUGCUGGUUGUGGACUACAUGUCAAGGUACGUGGAGAUAGCUCCGUUGGCCUCCUCAAAAUCGGAUGAGGUAAUUCGCCACCUUAAGUCGAUCUAUGCACGCCACGGGAUCCCCGACCUUCUAGUUUCGGAUGGAGGGCCCCAGUUCUCUGGAACGGGCUUCAGGGCUUUUGCGGAGUCCUACGAGUUCCGUCACAUUACAAGUAGCCCACGAUAUCCACAAGGAAAUGCCGAGGCAGAACGUGCCGUUCAGACGGUCCAAGGCCUCUUGAAAAAGGCAGAUGACCCCUACCUGGCCUUACUCGCAUACAGGGCUACCCCUCUCGAAAACGGGUACAGUGCAGAGGAGACUACGCACAACGGUGCCUGUCCUUCCUGCCCUGCUCGACCCAGCCGUCCCUGA